AUGAUCUGGAGACUUGUGGUCCUCGGUGGGGUGUGCGUCCUUCUUCUGGGUGCUGAAGGCAGCAGCCGCGGGGGGAGGACGGUGACUUUCCACCGGCCUCAGCAGGAUGAGAGCCAGGGCCAAGCGCGCGCACGACCCAGGAGGGACAUGAGCAGCUCCUCCGGCACCCCCAGGCCUUUUCACGGUCCUCCCUUCACCUCCUGCCGGACCCCCCUCAACCCCGUCGAGCACAAGGUUCUGGAUGACAAUACGUAUGAGACAGGGUUUAACGGUGAUGAUGGCUCCCAUGUAAUUCUCACAUGGGUGGGCGAUGGUACAGGGGUUGUCCUAGUGCUGUCAACAUUUAGUGCUCCAAUAGAUACUUUCCUAGAAGGCGGCUCCUCAAGACUUUAUCGAAGCAUGGAUUAUGCAAAAUCCUUCCAUGACAUUUCCCAUCGGAUCAACAACACCUUCAUAAGGGAGGAGUUUGGAGUCAGUGUUGGACCAGGGAGCUCUGGACAGGUGAUACUGACAGCAGACGUACCGGUGGUGGACAACCCAGGCGGGGUCAUCUUCACCUCCACGGAUGCCGGUGCAACCUUUAAGUACAUCCAACUGCCCUUCCACCUGGCUGAGCCAAUCACGUACCACUUCCUCAACCCUGACUACCUUGUGGCCCUCAGCAUUGAUGACAGUCUGUGGCUUUCUCUGGACUUUGGCGCUAAGUGGACAAAAGUUCAUGAUGGAGUGCAUUCUUUCUCAUGGGGGGCCGGCAUUAAUUUGUUUUUUAGCUACAGUCGAACAGACACAGUUUAUGCAAAUGAGAGGGGGGAUUUAGUGCUGAAGAGGACAAAGGAUCUGGGGCAGACCUUCACCACAAUCCACGAGGACAUCUACAGUUUUGGCUACAUCGGUGCCUUUCUCUUCUUCUCUGUGAUGGAAGAUUCGAGAUCCCCUCGUGUCAUGUAUUUUUCAUCGGACCAAGGAGAUACCUUCAGCCGAGCGCUGCUCCCCUCCGCCUCCACCGAGCAGUUCUACUCCAUCCUGGAUGGAGAUGAAGAUAUGCUUUUCAUGCAUGUGGACAACCCAGGAGACACUUUCUUUGGAACCAUGUACACAUCAGAUGACCGCGGCAUCCUGUUCUCCAAAUCACUGGAGCGCCACCUGUUUGACGGGCAGAGGAAGAGUGAUUUCACCAACAUAACGUCACUGAGAGGAGUCUACCUCACUAAUAAACUAGACAAGGAUGGCCGUAUAAGAUCCGUCAUUUCCUUUAAUAGAGGUGGGGCGUGGAGGCAACUUAACAAACCUGACAAUGUGGAAUGUGGCGAGCAAGUGAAGAAUGUAUGUUAUUGCAACCUUCAUAUUCAUGGAGAGCACAGUCGCAAAAACAACAUCAUUCCCAUGCUGGCUCUGUCUGAGCCAACUGCAAUUGGUCUGGUUAUCGCUCAUGGUACUGUGGGUGACUCUUUGUCAUCGUCGCAGCAUCCAGAUGUGUUCGUCUCCUCGGACGGGGGUUAUAACUGGAGGGGCACACUCAAGGGUCCUCACCACUACAGCAUAUUGGACUCUGGGGGUCUCAUUGUGGCUGUGGAGGCCCAGCAUGAAGGACAAGUCAAGACUAUCAAGUUCUCUACAGAUGAGGGCCAGUGCUGGAAGUCCUACAACUUCACCGUGCAGCCUUUCUUCUUUGCAGGCCUGGCAUCCGAGCCGGGGACCAAGGCCAUGAACGUCAGCGUGUGGGGCUUCCGGCCUGAGGAGGACGGCCAGCCCAUGUGGGUGGCCGUCACCAUUGAUUUCCAGAGCCUCAUUACAAGAGAGUGUAAUGACCAGGACUAUGAAGAGUGGUUGGCCCAUGCUACAGUUGGAGGGGAGUUGGAGAGAGAGGGCUGUCUCUUGGGUGUCAGAGAGACAUACAGGAGGCUAAAGAAACAAUCUUUGUGCAGAAACGGGCGAGGCUUUGUGGUGAGCAAGAAGCAAAGCCCCUGCCUGUGCACCAGAGAAGAUUACUUAUGCGACUACGGUUACUAUCGCCAUGUGAACACCUCCGAGUGUGUGAGACAACCCAGCGCUGCAAAUAAAACCUUGGAGCUCUGUCUGAAUGGAGAGGAGGAUGAGCUGCUGACAGCCGGGUACCGUAAGGUCCCGAGUGAUCGUUGUGAGGGGGGAUUCAGCCCUCAGCAUGCAGUGCAGACAGUCAUCAACCCCUGUGGUGUUAAAACCAGCCCUGGCCCACCUGCCAGAUCCUCGUCUCCUGUCACACACUUUGACACACCGCGAGAGAGGCUGGUGUUGAUCCUGGUGUGUGCAGGAGCAGGAGUCAUUGUCCUGAUAGCGAUAGUUUCAGCCGUCUUUGCUGUCAAGAGGGUGGUUUACAGAAACAGGGCACCCGUGUAUCGUUUCUCAAACCUCCAGAUUCUGGAUGAAGCUAAUGGCAUCCCAGCUGAUCUUGAAAGCGCCACCAGCAGCAAUGGCACGGCUUGCGGGCAGGACUCAGAUGAUGAUCUUAUUAAGUGA